AUGGGAACCUUCAACUGCAGGGGGGCACAAUCUAACAAUGCUUUCAUAUCACGUCUUUUAGAAGAAUUGGAUAUCCUAUUAAUUCAAGAACACUGGCUUUACCAUUGGGACCUUAAUGAGCUUACUAAUAUCAAUGAUAACUUCCAAGUCUUUAGUAUAUCACAGCAAAAUAACUCAUCAUUACCACUACCAAGAAGGAGAGCAAAGGGAGGAGUAGCUACAUUCAUCAGAACAUCAAGCUCUUGGAAAGCAACAAAGAUAGAAUCUCAAUCGCAAAGAUUAGUCAUUACAGAUCUACGUUAUGAGCCUUCAAACUCGCAUUUAAUUAUCUGCAAUGGAUACUUUCCGUGUGAUGUUGAUGCCAAUAGUAUUUCUGAGUAUCAUCAUAUGCUCUCUACCAUAUCCCACAUCGAAGCAACCCAUAAAGAGGCCCUGAUUAUACUUGGUGGAGAUCUGAAUGCUGAUCUGACAAAUGCAUCGUGUAAGAAACCUACAAAGCGUAUUCUAAAGGAAUUUCUGAUUAGUGAGAACAUGAUUAACUUAUCAUCUCUCCAAAAUAAAAAGGAGCUAUACACCUUCCAAUCAGAUGAUGGUUUACGACAAUCAUACAUUGAUGACUUCAUAAUUCCUGCAAAACUCGAAAACUGCUUCUCUGACCUUCUUAUUCAGCAUGACGAUCCUUUAAACACCUCUGACCACACACCGGUUAAAGUGACAUUUUCACUACCACUUUUAGCCAAUUAUCAAGUAGAUCAUGAUAUACCUGAUCGCAAAGCUAAAGGAUCUGGAAAGUCUAUACUUCGUCCUAAGAUAUCUUGGCAUCAGUGCAGUGCUGACCAGCUACACCUUCUCUAUACUCUUCCUAUGGAACAAAUAUCAAAGAACCUUUUCUAUAAUCUUCCUGCAAUGUGCUUGGAUCCGACUCAAAUCGACCUGCUGCUUGAUCAACUUAGCGAAGAAAUGUUGAAGGUAUCACUAACUCUACCACACUCGAAGGGCCGUCAGAAAAGAAAAAGGAAAGGGAAAAGAGAGUGGACCAAAAAGGUAGAGGCAUGUUAUAAACAAUCUCAAUAUUACUGGCGUCUCUGGAGGGCCAGCGGAAAACCAAAAGGCAAGGACCCUCUCUGGAUCAAGCAUGUAUAUACAAAACGUCUAUUUAGAAGUAGCAUCAGGCAAGCACGGCGGAUGUAUCACAAUAAUCUCCUUUCAGAAAUUGAGGAUGCUAAAGGUAGCAAUGAUAAACUCUUCUAUAGGCUUGUCAAAAGCACUAAAGGAUCUCGGUCCACUGAUACACUGUCUUAUAGGGGUACAACAUAUGAAGGAGAGGCAGUUUUAGAUGGCUUCAACUCACAUUUCUCAGAUCUUGCUAAACCGGAUUACAUGAAUGCCUCUUCUCCGCCUGAAUUGGAUGAAGCUAUUCCCACUCGCCCGUUCCAGGAAAAUUUGAAUCAACCACUUCAACCCUCUACUUCAAAAGAUCUAGAUGAAGCUAUUAAUUCUCUCAAGAAACAAAAAGCUGCAGGACCUGAUAAUAUAUCUCCUGAGCAUCUUAUAUAUCUUGGCCCAAUAGCUCGGAAAUUACUUCUCGCCCUCAUCAAUCGAUGUAUAUCCCUAAAGUAUAUUCCUGAACCUUUGAAGUCCGGCCUUAUAGUCCCAGUUCACAAAGGAAAGGGAAAAGAUGUAAAAGAUCCUUCUAACUACCGAGGCAUAACAGUUUCUUCAACAAUUGGUAAAGUUUUGGAAAUGCUCAUCAAAUCUCAACUAGAAAUUCCACUCGCAAUAAAUGAUGUCCCAGACCAGUUACAAUUUGGAUUCCAGAAAGGCAAAUCUUGCCUCCUUACUGCAUCUUCACUGGAAUUAAUAAUCCAACUGAACUCUGCCAAGAAAUGUACAACAUACCUUGCUCUUCUCGACGCACAGAAAGCAUUUGACAUCGUUUGGCAUAAAGGCCUAUUUUCUAAGCUUCAAAACCUAGGCCUCCAUGAAUCCCUGUUAUCUACACUGGAAGAGUUCUACAACGGUAGUACCAGUAGAGUCAUGUGGGAAGGAAAAUCCGGUGACAAUGGUAAAAUACACGGUAAGCUUCUGGGCUCCCGCCCGCUACGCGGGCGGGAGCUCUAUGGGUUAUAUUAA